AUGAGCAAUAUUCCUUAUCUUCAUUCUUAUCCUCAUCAUACCAUCGGGUUUCUUUCUUUCUUUCUUUCUUUCUUUCUUUCUUUCUUUCUUUCCAUUUCUCUUCUUCUACCAUCGGGUUUUUUUCUUUCUUUCUUUCUUCCUGUUCUUUCAUUCUUUGUUUCUUUAAACACACCUUCUUUCCUGUUCUUUUUCUUUCUUUCUUUCUUUCUUUCUUUCUUUCUUUCUUUCUUUCUUUCUUUAAACACACUUUCCAUCCUGUUCUUUCUUUCUUUCUUUCUUUCUUUCUUUCUUUCAACACACCUUCAUUCCUGUUCUUUUUUCUUUCUUUCUCUAAACAUAUCUUCCUGUUCUUUCUUUCUUUCAACACACCUUCCCUCCUUUUCUUUCUUUCUUUCUUUCUUUAAAUACACCUUCCUUCCUGUUCUUUUUCUUUCUUUCUUUCUUUCUUUCUUUCUUUCUUUCUUUCUUUCUUUCUUUCUUUCUUCACCCCCUUCUCGGUGGGGGUGUCAUGACGAAUGCAUAUAUUUAGGGAAUACGACCGCUCAAAAUACACGUCGAAGCGUACAUCGUCGCUCGCUAUCAGAUCAAAAACAGACAUUUAUACGAGAGCACCUCAACCGAGAAAGGUUACCGUGA